CCCGCCCAUAGCCCCUCCCCGCGGCCAACCGAAGCGGACCUUCCUGGAGCCCUGCCCACAGGCGCGGGCCGAAAACUUCCCCGGUUUCGCAACUUUGGGUAGACUGACAGGCCGGCCCCGAAGCCCCGCCCGCAGCUGCCCGCGCGGACCUAAGUCCUCCUCCCCGCCCAGGGGCCGUGCUGUGCCCGGUGCCGACGCCCGGCCGGGGGCUUGGCCACUCCCGGCUGCGCGUCCCCGAGGGAGCGUGGGCGUCACGCGGGGGAGGACCGCCCCGCACGUGCGCGAGCGGCUUCGCAGCAGUGUGUGGUGUCUAGCCGGCUGCCCGCCUUCCCCAGGCCCAGGUCCCCGGAGAGGGACCCUAGAUCCCGGGAGCCUGCCGCGUGCCUGGCACCUGCUAGGUGACGGUGCGCACCUGCCGGAUACAGGACGCGCCGGGGCUCGCGGGGCGGGACUGUGUGCCGACCCCAGCCCGCAAGGCCAAGCGCCCCUGACUCCCAGGGGAAGGGCCGCGGCCAGCCUCGGACGCCCGAAGCCCCGUCCCGGCUCUACUCGGUGGGCCCGGCCGCCCCUGCCCAACUCCUGGGGACAGGGCCGGGGUCGCAGAGCGCGGAGGCUCCAGAGGACAGGGCCGACGCCGGUCCCCCCGCGUCUGCCGCCGCCGUGCCCGGGGACAGCCGAGCGGGAGGGGUCUGGCUUGCUCCGAUCCGGCCCAGCGAGGCCCCCGCGGCCCCGGGAUGAGGCCGGGGCCCCUCCCCGCGGCCGGUCGACGCGGUUCUGCGGGGCGGCGCUUCUCGGAAAGCCGAGGCCGGCGGGGCGGGGCGGGCGCAGGGGAAGAGGAAGCGCGGGCCGGCGCCGCGCCCCGGGAGCAGCUCGCCAUGGCCGCGGGAGGCCCCGACCUGAGCUCCGAGCCCCCCGCGCGCUCCGCGUCCUCGCUGCCCCUGGCGGCGCUCAACGUGCGCGUGCGGCGGCGCCUGGCGCUGUUCCUGAACGUGCGCACGCAGGUGGCAGCCGACUGGAGCGCGCUGGCCGAGGAGAUGGGCUUCGAGUACCUGGAGAUCCGGCAGCUGGAGACGCGCCCCGACCCCACGGGCAGCCUGCUGGACGCCUGGCAGAGCCGCCCCGGCGCCUCGGUGGGCCGACUGCUGGAGCUGCUGGAGGCGCUGGGCCGCGACGACGUGCUGGCCGAGCUGCGCCCCAGCAUCGAGGAGGACUGCCAGAAGUACAUUUGGAAGCAGCAGCAGGAAGAAAGCGAGAAGCCCCUGCAGGUGGCUGUGGUAGGCAGCAGUGUCCCACGGACCCCGGAGCUGGCCGGCAUCACCACGCUGGAUGACCCCCUGGGCCAGGUGCCCGAGCGCUUCGACGCCUUCAUCUGCUACUGCCCCAGCGACAUGCAGUUUGUGCAGGAGAUGAUCCGGCAGCUGGAGCAGACCAACUACCGGCUGAAGCUGUGCGUGUCUGACCGCGACGUCCUGCCCGGCGCCUGCGUCUGGUCCAUCGCCAGUGAGCUCAUCGAGAAGAGGUGCCGCCGGAUGGUGGUGGUCGUCUCGGACGAUUACCUGCAGAGCAAGGAGUGUGACUUCCAGACCAAGUUUGCCCUCAGCCUCUCUCCAGGUGCCCAUCAGAAGCGGCUGAUCCCCAUCAAGUACAAGGCCAUGAAGAAAGAGUUCCCCAGUAUCCUGCGGUUCAUCACCGUGUGUGACUACACCAACCCCUGCACCAAGUCCUGGUUCUGGACCCGGCUGGCCAAGGCCUUGUCCCUGCCCUGAGGCUGGUGCUGGCCUCUGUCCGCCUGCCUGUGCACUCUCGGCACGGCUCCUCCUGUGGCUGCGUGGGCACCGGCGCCCCCUUUGUCUCUCGACUCUUGGAACUGCCGGCCCCGCAGGUCCUCUGCUACAGCCUCACAGCAUCUGGGCACCGUGACCGUGACCAUGGGGGCCGGCUGGGCGCGAGUGGAGCCAGCUCCGAGCUCGUCUCCCGUCUCUGGCCCGAGCGGUGAGGUGGGAAGGUCGGGCAGUGGCUGUUCUCGUAGCAAAGCUGAGGCGCUGCCCCGGCUGUGCACGUGCCCAUGGUCUCAGCCUCAGCCCAGCUGGGCUGUGGAGGGAUCCUGGCCUCUGCUGUAGCUGUCGGACGUGUGCACCGGGGCUGGGCCGCCUUGUGCUGUGAGCAGGGACCUUCCGCCGGGCCACCUCUGGGACUCCUGAGUGCCUCAGCCAGCCGUUUGCUUACAGACAGGGACCGCACGAGGUUCUGCUGCCCCAGGCUCCGGCCACACGGACACGCAGACUCGUGGGCACACGCGGGCCCCCGCGUCUUCCUGGGUGCUGGCGUCCCCCUGGACAAACCUGGGCCACGGCUGUCGUCCUUUGCCCCCGUCCCUGGUCCCUGGGACUGCAGGGAGCGUGCAGGGAGGGCAGCAGCUGCCGGCCUGCGCUGUGGGGGAGCGGCCGGCACAGCCCUGUCUACCACCAGAGUGCUCUGUGCUGCACCCUCUUCCACGCAGACCACGCGGUGGGCUCAGGUGUCUGGCCCUGGACAGACCCCGGCCCCAGGACCCAGGGGAGACUGUCUCCUGUGCUUCGGACUGCGUGCCUGCCCCGGGUCUCAGGGGCCACGGAGCCCCUCCCUGUCAUCUUCGUGAUGUACAUGGAUGCCACGUGCCUGGCCCCUCCGUGUCGGGCGUCUUAGAGCUGUCGUGAGAAGGCAUCGUCUGGCCCUGUCUAGUGGGCACUGCUAGACUCCCAGGAGUUGACGCCAAAUGUCGGAGCCUCAUUCUCCCUCCUGUAACCCGGUUUGUAAUAAAGAGUAAUCUAUUUUGGGGA